AUGGCGCCAGCGUGUACAGGCAGCCGUCUACCUGCUCUACUAAAACUACUGUUUGUUGUGACAUUUCUCUCUAUUUUGUGCCAAGAUUUCUCUGGACUGCUAGUCUAUGAUCGCCAGGCACUUUUUAAUCUGAAGUGUUCUCAUGAACUGUUUCUUAACCACAACUUUGAGGAUCAAGCAUCCAGAUUCCCUCCUCACUUGGCGUCAGUCCCGGCCUACCUGCUGCGCUCACCUGUCUCCACGCGGAGGAAGCGGCCCAGAAAGCGCGGAAAACGUGGAGGCGUAUUAGUGAGAGUGAAGGCGUACUGGAGAGCCAAUGCUGGAAUUAUUCCUCUCCUCGCCACUCCUGGAAACACAGCACUUCAAGGAUCACACGGAUUACGGUGGAUCCAGCCUGUGACUCCCGUGCGCCUAGACACCGGCCUGCGUCACCUGCCGCUAGCAGCGCCACUCCACAAGCGUCUAGCCAAACGCCGCGGUGUGGAUUUGGGACGCCUUCGGUUGCUGCGCCGGAGCUCUACACGGACUCCCCAGGAUAUGACUAUCCAUUUGGGCCUUUUGAAUGCUAGAUCGCUAGCAAAUAAAACUUUUCUUCUUAACGAUUUCUUCACUUUGCGGAAUCUGGAUUUUAUGUUGCUCACGGAGACAUGGCUCCAGGUUGGUGAGUCUUCCCCUUUCUCAGAACUUGUACCACCUAACUGCUACUAUCUGAACUGUCCUCGGAUGUCUGGCAGAGGUGGGGGGCUAGCAACAAUAUACAAAUCCAGCUACGUCUGUCGGCAGGUACCGAUAGACCCGUUUUCGAGCUUUGAGCUUCAGACUUUCACAUUGAGCCUGGAUACUCCGGUCCUGUGCGCUUUGGUGUAUCGCCCUCCAAAGUUCAAUAAAGAUUUUAUUCAGGACUUCUCGGAUCUCUUGACUGGCCUGUUACUGCGCUAUGAUCAGUUUUUGAUUGUCGGUGAUUUUAAUAUUCAUGUCUGCUGUGAAUCCAGACCUUUGGCUAAAGACUUUUUAAAUUUGAUUGAUGCGUUUAACUUAACUCAGUCGGUGUUGGGCUCAACACAUGAAAAAGGACACACACUGGACUUGGUAUUGUCUUUUGGUCUUAAUGUAAAUCUAAUGGAGAUUUGCGAAACCCAUUUUUCGGACCACUUUGCCGUGUUGUUCUCUAUAACGCUGCCCCACACUGUGGUUAGUCCGUGCGCCUCAGCGCGCCGAGUGCGCACAAUUAAACUCUAUGACUGCGUCUUUGUUUUCUGGUCUGUUCAAUGCAUCGGGAAUUAUGAACCAAGACGACUGGCAAAACAUCACGCCGAAUGGUCUGCUCUCUUGUUUCAAUGA